AGGGAAAAUUCCCUCCCAGCCAAUGGGGUUUUAGGUUUCUAGAGUGGUUGGAGUGUACAGAGAAUUUAACUGCAAAUGGUAAAAUCGUAAAUUGGUGGAAGAGUAGUGUGGUCUUUCAAUCUUUCUAUAAGUAACAGCAAGGUACCCCAUCUCUGAUUUUUCCACCCAUUCUCGUAUUUGAAGAGAGAUAAAAUUAUUCCGAGAAGAAAUUUACAGAGAUAAACUGAGAAGAUAGAAAAAGCCGGACUCUUGAGUUUUCUUUUCACCGGAAAUGAAGAACUGCGAGCUCUGCCAGCUACCGGCUCGGACCUACUGCGAGUCAGAUCAGGCGAUUCUGUGCUGGGAUUGCGAUUUCAAGGUCCACGGCGCCAAUUUCCUCGUCGCAAGGCACUCCAGGACGCUCCUCUGCCACGCGUGCCACGCGCCGACGGCCUGGAAAGCCUCCGGCGAGAAGCUCGGCCAUACUUUCUCGGUCUGCGAGCGGUGUGUGGCUAGGAAUGAAAGCAGAGGCGACGACGAAGAGAGCCAGGCUGACAAUGAUGAUACGGAUGACGAUGAUGACGUCGAUGAAGGUCUGGACUCCGAUGAAGACGACGGCGACGGCGAUCUUGAUUUCGAUGAAGAGGAGGAUAAUCAAGUCGUGCCGUGGGGCUCGACGCCGUCUCCGCCGUCUGCGAGCUCUUCCAGCAGCGAAGGGGAUAACAACAAUGAAGGUAGAUAUGGCCGCAGAUCAGUCGCCGCUGUUUCGUUGAAGAGAGCUAGAGAUAAUGCUUCCGAUCAGGACGAUCUCCGCCGUCUAGCCGCCCGACUGAGGUGUGACACAGCUUGCACCGCCCAUACCGACGGCGGCGCCACUUCGGUUGACUCCAAGAGACCUUCGAAAGACCGAAGAUCGGAUCUCAAUGGCUCAGGUCCGAGAUUCUCGCCGGCCAUAGAGUCCUCGCCGAGUAGAAAUCUCCGCCGUGAAGUCAGCGAAGCCAUCGAUCUCGACUCCUCCGAGCCUCGUAUCCCUCCGAUAUGAGGUAGAGUAAUAUCGAGAUAUUUUUUUCUCUUUUUACCUAACAACAGCUCGGAUCGAAAAUUUGACCGCUAGCUCAAAUCUAUAGUCAGACAGAACGAUUUCUUUGAUUUUUGUUUAUUAUUUUAACCGUGCCGUGGAGUGUAAUUCUGAUUCUUCGUCUCUGUUGAUGACAUGGAAUCUCUUUGUUUGCUUGGAACUUUGGAUCAUCUUCCUUUGUGUAAAUUAAUGAAGUAAAUUAGUUUUACUGUG